UUGGGCCCUCAGUAUAAAAGAGGACAAGGGAGGAGAGGACCACACUUCAAGGGCUUGCUCUUGCAAUACCAAGAUCACAAGGCACCCUUGCAAAAGAAGACAGAAUUCCGCCAUGCCCCACUCAGCACUGUUCUGUUGUCUGGUCUUACUGGCUGGAGUGGGGACCAGCAGAGGAGCCAACACUCAAGAUGAGGACAGCUGCAUCCACUUCCCAGCCGGCCUGUCCCACAUGCUCCUAGAGCUCCGAACUGCCUUCGGCCAGGUGAAGACUUUCUUCCAAACGAAGGACCAGGUGGGCAAUGUGCUGUUAAGUGAGUCCUUGCUGCAAGACUUUAAGGGUUACCUGGGCUGCCAAGUCUUGUCAGAGAUGAUCCAGUUUUACCUGGUGGAAGUGAUGCCCCAGGCCGAGAACCACGGCCCAGACGUCAAGGAGCACGUGACCUCCCUGGGGGAGAAGCUGAAGACCCUCCGGAUACAACUGCGGCGCUGUCAUCGAUUUCUUCCCUGUGAGAAUAAGAGCAAGGCAGUGGAACAGGUGAAGGAUGCAUUUAGUAAGCUCCAGGAGAAGGGCGUCUACAAAGCCAUGAGUGAGUUCGAUGUCUUCAUAAACUGCAUAGAAGCCUACAUGACGAUGAAGAUGAGAAGCUAAGACAGCCAGCAAGGCAACCAUAUUACACUCCAGGACAUAAAUUGCAGAUCUGCAAAAUCUGAUCCAGGCUCCUGGGCUAGCAGAACCAGCUCCUUGGAGAGCCUUGCUGUACCUCUCUCCGAGAAUAUUUAUUACCUCCAAUACCUCAGAUCCCAUUCUAUUUAUUUACUGAACUUCUCUGUGAACU